GAACUGCACGAUGUCCUGGUUAUCCUGGCUGGGGCUGAGUGACCAGAAAGUGGAAAAUCAAUGGCUCUGGGUGGAUGGCUCCCCUCUGAAACUCAGCUUCUGGAGCACCAGGGAGCCCAAUGACUCCAGCAACGAGGACUGUGGCACCAUGGCGAUCGACGGGCGCUGGAACAACAUAAACUGCUACAGGACCGACUACUGGGUGUGGAAGCAGGGAAAGAAAGAGAGUGUUUAAGUGCAGGCAUUUAAGUGUCAGAGACGGAACAACUAUUGAGCUAAGUCUUAGCCUAAUAUCGUGAGACCUGUAGAAGCAGGGCUCACGUCAGAAGCGAGUGGAAAACAGCAGAAUAGUCAGUGUGACCUAGCCUUGAGAUAACAAUGUUUUGAAUAGAGCAAGUGAGAAAAUACUGGAAUAGAUAGCAAAUAAUGUAAAUAAAAUUUAAAUGUUUUUAAUUAAUGCACAUCACAAAGAGGUAUAAAUGCUUGUGUGAUUUUGCUUGUACUUUGGAGAAACUGAGGCAGAGAUGCUCUCUGCCAGCUGUA